AUGACUGCUUGUCUUAUGAACGGAUUCGUACAGUGGCUAGGGUUUCUUCCUACGCUAAAAAUUGGGGGAGGCAAAAAGGGUGGCAUAUGCCCCUUGACGCCGGUUUCUCUUGCAUUGCAGUGAUUUCUACUCAACUUCUUCAUCAACAUAAUUGGAAGGAACAGGGAGAUUUUUUAACACGAAGGUGCGAUGAGGUUGGAGAAAUGCUGGUUCUGUUCUUCAACUGUGUAUCCUGGGCACGGGAUCCAGUUUGUUCGGAAUGAUGCAAAGGUCUUUCGAUUUUGUCGAUCUAAAUGCCACAAAAACUUCAAAAUGAAGAGAAACCCUCGCAAAGUUAAGUGGACCAAGGCUUACAGACGGGUGCAUGGAAAGGACAUGACUCAGGAUUCGACGUUUGAAUUUGAGAGGAAACGGAAUAGGCCUGAGAGAUAUGACAGGAAUGUGGCAGAGGAGACUCUUAAGGCCAUUAAGAAAAUUGAUAAAGUCAGAGUCGACAGGGAUGCCCGACACCAUGCAAAGAGGAUGAAGGGAAAGAAGGCCCAGGUACUAACAGAAGCUACAAAGGAACUGGAGCAGAGCAUUCACAUGGUCAAAGCUCCUGCUGCUCUCCAAAAAGAGCCCUCACUCACAUUGCCAAAGGUUUCUCAGAAGCAAACAGAGGACAGGAUGGUAGAAUAGUUGUAUCACUAUUGCUUGUUUUUCUCGCUCUUCCUCUUUCUCUUGGUUUUUGGGGUUAUUAUGCCAUGAUUGUCUUUCAUGUAAAAUGUAUUGGGAUGAAACUUCUCUUAUGGUCUGCCCUUUGGCUUAAGUUUCUAGGGAUGAUGGCAAGUUAGAAUUAGUUAUAGCCGAAAAGGAAGCUAAACUUAGCUGGACAUGCAUUGAAAUUUUGAUUUCACUGUUUUAGUGAUGCUGUUGUGAUUCAUUUUCUUAAAAAUUUUGCUGUUC